AUGCCGUGUCCUCACGCCCAUGAACCCUGGCUGAGCCGGCUGUCACUUUACUGGAGCUCACGCCGCUUCUGAAAGCCGAUGUCGCAGGAGCGGCCCGGGAGUCAUGAAGAAGAUGACAGGAAGGUAAGGAGGAGAGAGAAAAAUCGAGUUGCUGCACAGAGGAGCCGGAAGAAGCAAACUCAGAAAGCAGAUAAACUUCACGAGGAAUAUGAGUCUCUUGAGCAAGAAAAUACCUCCCUGAAAAGAGAAAUCGGAAAGCUAACAGAUGAAAUGAAACAUUUGAGUGAAGUGUUGAAGGAUCAUGAAAAGAUCUGUCCGCUAUUGCACUGCACCAUGAACUUUGUGACCGUACCAAGGCCUGAUGCACUCACCAGCUGCCUGCCAAGAUGAGACGUCUCCUCGAUUGCCUUUAAAUGUGAUGUGUGAAAGUGCCAUUAACAGGGGAGAUUUGAAGAACUGCCUACUUGUGGUGCAGGUCUUCCAUCGAAGAGGACUGGACUUGACCAUGCAGCUCUUUUCCACAUUGAAGUGUUACAGUCUUCCGAAUCUCAGGAAAACACCAGUAUGGAAAAAAGACAACUCAAACUGUGACUUCUUAUUUGGUAGAAUCUUCGAGCCAUGGGUUUGCAUUCAGAAAUGUCAAAGUGCGGUGCAGCUCACCAUCACACAAUGGAAUGUAGACAGGGAAAAGUACCGACCUUGGGCUGGGAUGCCUUUCUCCCACACGUCCACUGCCAAUAACCCUUUGUCACUUGUCAUCCAUGUAUAUCAUGUUCUGGCUGCUGUUUUUUUUUCUCUAAACAGGUUUGGUUAAUAAAAGCGAUGUCCCAUCUUUA